UGAACACACCCCACUUAGAGAGAGAGAGAUAAAGAGAGAGAGAGUGAGUCAAACGAGGAGAGAGGGCAUUACCAACUGGACAUCAUACUUUGCCUUCGGUCGACAGACCCUGCGACUGGAUUGUGAGUCCAACUUAAUACCAGACCAGACUCCCCAAAAUAUAACCAAGGGGUUGCCUUGGAUAUCAGCCUUGAAAGUUCUCCAUCACUGGAUUUGGGAUCUAACCUUGUUGUUUGAAGAGCUGUCUCUGCAACAUGGGGAAAACAGUGGACUCCAAUGGGAAGGAGGAGAGACCUAAAUGGGACAACAAAGUCCAGUAUCUCCUGACCUGCGUUGGCUUUGCUGUGGGACUGGGGAAUGUAUGGCGUUUUCCCUAUCUGUGCCAAAUCUACGGUGGUGGUGCAUUCCUCAUCCCCUACCUGAUAGCCUUGGUAUUUGAGGGCCUUCCCCUGCUCUACCUGGAGAUGGCCAUCGGACAGAGGCUGCGCAUGGGCAGCAUCGGCGUCUGGACCUCCAUCUCCCCUUUCCUUGGUGGAGUCGGCAUAGCCAGCAUGGCGGUGUCGUUCCUUGUGAGCCUGUUCUACAACACCAUCCUGGCCUGGGUGCUCUGGUACUUCUUCCACUCUUUCCAGGAUCCCCUGCCCUGGAGUCAGUGCCCGCUUAAUGACAACUCUACAGCCUACAACCAAGAGUGUGUGGACAGCACGCCGGUAAACUACUUCUGGUACCGCCAGACCCUGAACAUAACCCCGGACAUCGAGAUUAGCGGCUCUCUGCAGUGGACGAUGGUCAUCUGCUUGGCCACCGCCUGGUGUGUGGUCUACAUCUGCUUCAUCAGGGGCAUCGAGACCAUAGGGAAGGCAGUAUAUGUGACAGCUACCUUCCCCUACCUGGUGCUGACUAUAUUCCUGAUACAAAGCCUCACUCUGCCUGGAUCCACUGAUGGCCUGAUCUACCUCUUCACUCCCGAUUGGAACGUGCUGAAGAAUCCCCAGGUGUGGCUGGACGCCGCCACUCAAAUCUUCUUCUCGCUCUCAUUGGCUUUCGGAGGUCUCAUCGCCUUCUCCAGUUACAAUCCUGAGAAGAAUAACUGUCAGCGAGAUGCUGUUCUGGUGGGUGUGAUCAACAGCAUUACGUCUAUUUAUGCAGCCAUUCCCAUAUUCUCAAUUCUGGGCUUCAAGGCCACCAACAACUACAACUCAUGCCGCAUGAGCAACAUCUUAUCUCUGACCAACUACUUGGAGAUCGGGGACCAGAACAUGACCGUGGACAACUACGAACAGAUGCUUGAACAUCUGAACAUCACACGUCCGAAUGAGGUUGCAGAUGUGAAACUGAGGUCCUGCGUACUUCAAAAUUUCCUUGACCAGAGUGCGUCUGGUACCGGCCUGGCGUUCAUUGUGUUCACCGAAGCGGUGAUAGAGAUGCCGGGCUCUCAGGUCUGGGCCGUGCUGUUCUUUGUCAUGCUCUUCAGCCUGGGCCUGUCCUCCAUGUUUGGAAACAUGGAGGGCAUUCUUACGCCUAUUCGGGACCUUAAACUGGUGCCAACGUGGAUCCCCAGCGAGCUUGUCACAGCUGGUGUUUGCCUGAUCUCCUUCCUGGUGGCCCUGGUGUUCACCCUGGGCUCAGGGAACUACUGGCUGGAGAUCUUCAACAGCUACGUGGGCUCAGUGCCACUGCUCAUCAUCGCCUUCUUCGAGCUGAUCGGAGUCAUCUAUUUCUACGGGAUGCAAAAGUUUAGUGACGACAUCCUCUUCAUGACUGGGAAAAGACCCAACAUCUUCUGGAGGGUUUGCUGGAGGUUUAUCAGUCCACUGUACCUGCUGGUGGUGUUUCUGGCCUAUGUGGUUAUUCAGGCCCAGCAGCACCCACAGUAUCCUGCAUGGAACCCUGACUAUGUCAAUUUCCCCAAGACAGAGGCAAAGGAUUACCCAGGCUGGGUGUUUGCCAUUAUAGUCAUCCUCUCUGUGUUUCCGGUGAUCUCCAUCCCCCUGGUCGCCAUUUACAGACUCAUUCGCUGUGGACUCAACAGAAAGUCCUCCAAACGCUAUGGCAUCAAUCCCUACAUCAACAACAGCUAUGAUAUCGAAACAUAAUAACGGCAGCAGGAAUUAUGAGAACUUCCGCCUAUGACAUGAAAUGCAUGUCUAGAGGUGGUCAAGUAGCAUUGCUUCUUUGGAUGUGUGGACUUCUUCAAUAUAGUCUCAUAUACUCAACUGUGACGGCUCUAUGAGGUGGUAUUUGGUUUGGCCUGUAGUGCUGAAGAUAACUACUUCUGAAUUUCAGCAGAAAUAGUUUACAAGUAGGUCUACAAUGUUGCAUUUUCACGUUUGUUUGUCCCACUACUGCUUUCUAUACAAUGGUUUUUUUAUGCACCAUUCAAGAGCUGAAAUCAUGUUUUGAAAUACUAAUAACAGUAAGAGUUUUUGGAUAUCAAAAACACGACCACAGGGACCUGUUUAAGCAAAUCUUGCCAAGUUACAUACUCAUAAUUAUAACUUACUGAUAAAACAACUUACUAAAUAUUCUACUGUGAAUCAGUAAAAUAGCAUUACCACUGGAUAUUGCAGUUCUUUCAUAAAAAUGUACUUCCUUGUUGGAGAAUGUAAUUCAAAUCUUUAGUGGGGGCAUGCACAAUUAAUCGAAGAGAAAUUGAAUUGAGUCUUGUUUACUUCAAGGGUAUUGAAUCUAGAAUGAUAGUCUAAUAGUGAUAAAUUAUAUGUGUGCAUAUGUGUGUUGAAUUAUUGAUUGGGUUUGGCGAUGGCAAAGUUUUUCCUUGCAGAGAUUGGAUAAUAGGAGACAAGAUUAAUAGUGUUUUCACACUGCAUUUAUUAAUAUAUUAUUAUGUAAUAACUUAGCAACUUACAUCUGUUCUAUUUAUUUGGAACAAUGCAAAAAGGUUUUAGAGACUCGAUGUGAUUGGAUGAUGCAGCAGAGUUACUGUGUGCCAUAUUUUGAUGAUAAUAAAACCAAACUAACUAGUAUCACCAACCAAGAACAACAACAAGACUUCCUGGAAAACCCUGCAUUGAAAAGCAAAUAUAAAAGGUGCCUAAAUUUGUGUGGUUCAAAAAAUUGGAUCAAAAUAAAGAUCAUGCUCAUUUUACAGAAAGGA